CGGACACCGCGGUGUGUGCGGAAAAACUUAACUUCUGCUCUGCAUUGUAUCGCUUAAGGCUCGGCUUUAAGUUUUACUGUAAGCUCGGCCACUUGUUCUAAUGUUUAAAUCGCUGUCCCCGGGUAGGUGGUUCACUGCCUCCCAUGAAAAGGAAGAAAGGGACUCGGACACAGAGAAAAUUAUUGAUCCAAGCGAGGAGAGGCUGGCAGAGCAGGCGUCGGGGUUUGGAAAUUACUUGCUCAGUGCUGCUACACAGGCAUCCAAGAAGUUAUCUACAUCUGUGCUGGAGAAGGCAGAAUCCCUCCGUGUAUCAGUGGACAGACUUGCCGUCGAUGGCAUCUUAGAUAAGACCAUACUAGGUGAUUUUAAGAAAGAGCAGGACAAGUUUGUAAAAGAGAAGUACCAGAAGCAGACAACAGCUGAUGUAGCUGUUCCACCUUGGAUUGGUUUGAAUGAAGAUGAAUCCAUCAAACAAGAAAUUCUGGCACUCUCAUUGGAUCGCAGAAAUUUUCUCUGCAACCCUCCUGCAGGAGAUCAAUUUGAGUUUGACUUCAAGCAGUUUGCUCCAGUGGCCAUGUUAAUGUUGCAAGAAGAUGCGCUACUAAACCAAAUGCGUUUUAGAUUAGUGCCCAGCCUGGUAAAGGAGGAGGUGUUCUGGAGAAACUAUUUCUAUAGGGUGUCUCUAAUCAAGCAAGCCGCAGAACUUUCUUCGCUGGUUAAUGACCAGAAAGGAGCAGAGAUUAGAGAUAGUCAACAGAGCAGAGGAGAAAAAGUACCUCAUGCAGCAUUGCCUUCCAACCCAGAUAAUAUUCCCGAAUGGGAGAGGGAGCUGCAGAGAGAGCUGGAGGAGUUUGAGGUUGUGGGCAAUGAAGAUGGUGGUGAAAAACUGGGCAAUGACAGCUGGGAGCAGGAGAUUGAAGAACUCUUAAAAGUAUGAAUGCUAAAGGGACACACAAACCCAGUAUAUUCAGUUUUUACUGCAGGAGUGCUGUAGGAGAAGCUGAGUAUAUUGACAUCCACACUUCGUCAACGUUGCCUGAUCUACCUUAAUGAUUAGGUGUGUCCUAAUUCAGUGUUAUAUUAGUUUCCUGUGACAUUUUUUUUUUUGAAUGUUUAAUCUUAAAAUGGAUUGUGCCUUUCAAAUCUGUGGUAUCUGACAAUACUUGCCACAAAGUUACAUCCUGCAGUGCAAGUAUUUCCAGUGUGCACUUUAGCAUUAUUUUUUUCUUUCAUUUUCAUAUUCUUGAACAAAAAAAAAAAAAAUGUUUUUUUGUUUUUUUACAUUUGCCUAUAGCUGUAUUGACCAAAUAUAUUAUUCUUUUCAUA